GGCUUAGGACUAAAAUUCUUGCCCAGACUAAGCUCAGGUUCCUCUUCCUUUGAGACCUUAGAAAACUCAAUUACAACCAAGCUUGAUGAACAUAUAAAAGCAUAUUUAUUUGCCUCUUACACAACAGCCAUUGGUUUAGAUGACUGCUAGAAGAACCAGAAGCAGAACCACAGCCAUUGUUCUCACUGCACCAUACAACCUCUAUAAAUUUAAUAAAAUAAUUCUGUUGCAGUAAAGAACAAAAAAAGCUGGGGCAUAAGGUAUGUGGUCACUGCUAUUGUGUCCACUAAAGGCUGUCCAGCGCCAGCCAUUUUUCUAAAUUGUUGAUGCUGCAGAUCGAGGGUAGCCAGAAAUACAUUUAACUAAUUUUCAUUUCAUCAUCACCUUCAAAGGCGAAUUUGCAUUCACCAGUCUUGCUAUCUAGGGGUAUCAGGAUUGUAGACAAUGGAGGGAAGGAAGCCUUAUUUGGUCGCCAUUUUCAUACAAUUGAUAUAUGCUGGCAUGUAUAUUCUAUCCAAGGCUGCAUUUAAUGGAGGUAUGAGUAGCUUUGUGUUCGUCUUCUAUAGACUGGCUUCUGCCACUGUCUUCUUAGUCCCUCUGGCUGUCAUCUUUGAAAGAAAAAGAGCCCCAUCACUGUCAUUUGUGGUCUUCUGCAAGAUUUUUUUGCUUUCUCUGUUUGGGGUUACUCUCUCUUUGAAUUUAUAUGCUAUUGCCACCGUUUAUACAUCUGCAACGUUGGCAGUUGCAUCAACUAACACACUUCCUGUCAUCACCUUCCUAUUAGCUGUUCUACUCGGGGUGGAAACCGUUAAGUUGAGGAGCUUUGCAGGAAAUGCCAAAGUGUUAGGUAUCAUGCUUUGUAUGGCCGGUGCCGUAACACUUGCUUUCUACAAGGGCCCGCAUUUGAAACCCUUGAUCAAUACUCAGCUCUUGGAACAUGAUAUCAGUGAAGAAGAUUUAUCUAUUUCCCACACAACCAAGAAUUGGUUAAAAGGUUGUUUCAUCAUUCUCUUUGCCAAUAUCACCUGGGCUUUGUGGCUUGUAUUGCAGGACCGAAUUUUGAAAGACUACCCUUCAAAGUUUCUAUUCACAACUCUAACAUGCUUUCUAGGCUCCAUUCAGUCAUUUGUUGUUGCCAUUUGUAUAGAGAGAAAGCUUAGUCAGUGGCAGCUGCAUUGGGACGUCCGACUUCUUGCUGUGUCAUACUCUGGAAUUGUUGUUACUGGAUUUGCUUACUACUUGCAGAGCUGGUGCAUUGAGAAAAAGGGACCAGUGUUCUUAGUCAUGUUGAAUCCUGUAGGCCUGAUGACUACAGUCUUUUGCUCAUAUUUCCUUUUAGGCGAACUAAUCAGUUUGGGAAGUGUUUUGGGUGCAAUUUUCUUGCUUGGAGGUCUUUAUAGCGUCUUGUGGGCAAAGAGCAAGGAACAAACAGUUGACAAGAAUUCCGCUAUUGAAGAUGGAGAUGGAAAGCAUUGUUCAAGGGUGGAAGAGGCCACAUAACAACUUGGCGCACAUUAGUUAAAUGGACAUUUCAAGGUGUUUUUUCCCAAUUAGAAAAACAAAUUAUUAUUUUCACUUCAAAGGCCUUUUUUUCUUUACUUUGAGUGACCAGUAAGAAGACUUUUCCUAUUCUGCUACAAUACAUUUCUAAUUUUAUAUC